AUGGCAAGCUAUUUUGAUGAACUCCAUGUUGAAGAAGACGAAAUGCCUACUGUUCGAUUAGAACGCUUAACGAGAGAAACAUUCAGAAUGCUGUUUGACCACGAUCCAGCACGAUACGGUGACAUUAUCAAUUUUCAAAACACACCUCCUGCAUCGAAAUCAGAAAUAGAAAAACUGAAAACACCUUCAUUCGAGGAGUUAAUAGAUGAACAAUGUCGAAUCUGUUUAUCUCAAUAUCAAGUAAAUGAUAAAGCACUAAACAUGCCAUGCAAACAUAUAUUUCACGAAAAUUGUUUGAAAACAUGGCUGGAAAAAAGUAAUUUUUGUCCACUUUGUAAGUUUGAAUUGAAGACUGAUAAUGAAAUGUAUGAAUUGUAUAAGCAAGAAUUGAAAAAUCGACAGUCAAGAGAAGAUAACAUUGCCCAACUUCACGAUUCUAUGUUUUCAUAA